AUGCAGGGUGGGCGCCUCAGUCCGGCCGAGGAGCGGCACAGGCGGGGGCUGCACCUCCUCACCGGGGGAAUUCGCGACACGACGACUAAAAAGCAAUUUAAGCUCAAUCCAGACUCUUCCCUUGCAGGCUUGGGUUUGCAAAUACAGUGCUACCAGUGUGAGGAGUUCCAGCUAAAUAACGACUGCUCUGCUCCAGAGUUCAUCGUGAAUUGUACAGUGAAUGUUCAAGAUAUGUGUCAGAAAGAAGUAAUGGAAAAAAGUUUUGGAAUCAUGUAUCGCAAAUCCUGCGCCUCCUCGGCAGCGUGUCUGAUAGCCUCCGCUGGGUACCAGUCCUUUUGUUCUCCGGGGAAGGUGAACUCUGUUUGUAUCAGCUGCUGCAACACUCCGCUCUGCAAUGGACCCCGGCCGAAGAAGAGGGGGAAUUCUGGCGUGGUGCUGAGGGCACACAUGAUAACCACUGUCCUGCUCCCUAAAUUGGCUCUGUUGUUUUUGUAUUGCUAAACUUCAAGCAAGUUUUUUGCCCUGACACAGUU